AACCCUCCAUACCUAGCAUUGCAUGAGUAUCUGGAGUAUCUGUUCAUUAUUUGUUUUCUGCAUAGUGGAACCGUUAUGCAUCAGUGGCUGGUCGAUUGACGCCAUCAUCGCUAUGCGAUUGCGACCUGUCAUGCAUGGCUAGACGCUGUCCGGGUUAAGCGUAUAUGCCAUUACGGAAAUUUUACCUGUCAUAUCUUUGCCAAUUUUUUUUUUUUUUGGCUGCCGCUCUCUCUACCUGGACACUGUUGUUCAUUUUCUUUCUUCCACCUUCACUUCACUUCUCUCCUCUUCAUUCUUCUGUUACCUUAUCUUUAUCUUUAAUUCCGUUCCUUUUUUACUACCUCUUUUUUUCUAUUCAUAAUUUUUAUUCUAUAUUAAGCCAUUGCGGCAGGGGGGGAAAUCUCCGAUUUGUUUGCUGGGUAGGUAUUAUACUGUAGCUGGUUUGUUUGAGGCAGCCUAGCAGGGAUAGUUUGGUUCUCGAAUACG